CAAUCGUCUCUCUCCUUCCUCUCGAGAGAUUUCAGGCCCCCGAGCGAUCCCCACACGCCUCCCACUUCCAGGAGGCCCCUCCCUCGAGCUCUCACCCGGCGACGGCACCGACGACCGCCCCUCCCGCGCCUCCCCGGAGUUGUCAGCUCGCAAGCAGGAAGACAAGAAGUUGAAACAUGGGGAAGAGAAAGUCAGCUGCUAAGCCACCUCCUAAGAAGCGGAUGGACAAGCUCGACACUGUCUUUUCCUGCCCAUUCUGCAAUCAUGGGAGCAGUGUUGAGUGCCGUAUCGACAUGAAGAAUCUGAUUGGCGAGGCUUCUUGUAGAAUCUGUCAGGAGAACUUCAGCACCACUGUUAAUGCACUCACUGAGCCUAUUGAUAUAUAUAGUGAAUGGAUUGAUGAGUGUGAGCGUGUCAACACUGUGGAAGGUGAUGAUGAUGCGUGAGCUUUGCCCCCAUGCGGAUGAAACGGUUACUUGCAACUGUGUAAUGUACUGGCAUUCUCGAAUGCCAUAGUCAACCAUAGCUUGAAAUGACGCCAUAAGGGUGUAUUGGCUGUUUGAUACGCCAUUAGGCAGUAUCAGUUUGUCUAGCACUUAAUAAACUCACUAAAAAUACUAAAAAUGCGUGUAUGCCAACCUUAUAGAUGGUUGUGUUUGUGCCUAUGGAACUAGCGACUAUCGAAGAUGAUGUAACGGUGGUUUUCUGUGAGUACAAUCGUGUGUUUUAAACUAUAUAUAUUUCAGUUCCAGCAAAAGAGCGAUGCGAAUUGCA